GUGUGUUUCAAAGGCUCUGGCUGAGUCAGUUUCAGGCACUUCCGGGCAGUGUCCAGUCCUGUCGCUAACAUGUAGCUAAGGAAACCUGGCUGACUGCGUUGUUACCAUGGCUCUGUGUGCCAGAUUUUCAGGUCUGCUUGUAACAGAAGACGACUAGGAAACAAUAUGCGACAGCCAGCAAUAGCAGGAAGCACUGGCGUUUCCAGAGUCCAGACCCACCAUACUAAAAGUGGAGACAAACCUGGAGUUCCCCUAGUGAUACAACGAUCUUCAGUGCAUUUCUUUCCAAAGACAAGUUCAGACUCUACAACUCUGACAUUUUCACAGUCAUCAUCCAAUGAAAGGCCUCUCAAUUACUAUCCAUCUCAGAUUAGUGGAGUAACGGUAUCAACAAUUGGACCAUUGACUUCUAAAGGUACCACAGUGAGCGGUAGCAGCUUGGUUUCUUCUAAAGAAGUCAGCUGCUUAUUGGGUUCAAAGAAACAUGCUCUGUUGAGCGCUGGUCCUGAGUCACCUGUGAUUGGGGAAGGAGAGGAUUAUUUCCUUUCUUUGUUUGGUAAUCCAAAGAAACUUACUGAACACUCAAGCUACACUGAGAAAACUUACAAACACUUUUCUAUGAUUCUUGAAGAAGUUGGCCAUUCUACAUCCAGUUCUCUUGGAGACAUUAAAAUAGCUGAAGUGAACAUCAAGGGUUUGUUCGUGAAGCUCGUUAACUCUUCCCUUGACAAAGAACUCACCAUUGGAGAUCAUUUUCUCCAGCAAAAUGUGAAUGGACAGAGAGUUUCUUUGUACCGAUUCCUUCCAAAUAUUGUAAUGCAGGCCAAUGCCACAGUAACAGUGUGGGCAGCAGCCUCUGAAGCAAAGCACCAGCCACCAUCAGAUUUCCUUUGGAAGGAACAAAACAAGUUUAUAACAAGUCCAGAUUGUACAACGAUCCUGUGCAAACCUAACGGUCAAGCUGUUGCCUGGUACACUCUUAUUCACUGGAAGCAAGCGUGGGAGAAAUUAGAGACUGACAUUGAGUUUGACAGAUCUUCAAUAGUAAGCCCAAAAUUCCGAAAGCACAUGUUUCAGUGGGCAGCAUCUACAACUACAGUAACUAUGGAAACAGAAGAUCAGCCUAAGAAAGAUACCUCAAAAUGUCAGCUGCAAUCAGAUCAAGUUUUUAUUAAGAGAGAAAAGGAAAUUCCACCAACCCUUUUCCCCAAUCGCAGCCCUUGGUGCCAGAGUCCCUUCGCCCCUGCACAUCCCUACAGUCCCCUGAUUGAACCGUACAGUACAGGCACUGCAGGAAGCAGGUUGAGUCGCCAGCCCAGGUCUCAGUCAACCAGGCCGGAUCCAGCCCCAGGGACCAAGAAAAAGAAGACAUCUGAGUUACAAAAGCAAGAUGCAGUCACUCAACCUCUAAAGGACAAUAAUAUCCAAGUCUAGAGAACACAAGGAUGCCCGGCAUGUCACAGCCAGCCUUCAUCACACAGGAGAGGAAGCCAUCAGGAAGCAAGGAAAUGGUUGCUUAUAGAAAAGAUAAUUCUUUGGGACUUUACUGUAACCACUUCUUGAAGAAGGAGAGCUAGUAGACAAGUUUAAAGUAUUUGUUUUCUAAGCAGUAAAGAAGGAAAAUAUUGGUUAAAAGCAAAACCAGCAUAGUCUUUAUUUUGGUCACAUGAAGUGCCUAUGUUAUUUCAGUCUUUUAUACCCUACCCAGCUAUGAGGUCUACAACUUCUGCUCUUUCUGCAGGUGCAUCUUCCAAACGCAGAUGUGUCAGGAAUUAUAAACCUUGGGGUUUGAUUCUCUGGAGUCUCCUUGAAGUGCAGGUUAAUUCAGCUUCCUAAGGAAAUAUUGGGUGAAAUUUAGUUGGGAGUUUUUAAACCUGCCUAUGCUUAUCUCAAAUUCAGCCAAAAUAGUUUCACCUUUCAGCUUAUGAUACUAUGUACAAAAUUCCAUGGACAAGAAAUGCCAAAGGAACAAAAAUGUUUUAAUUAAGUAAUGUGAUGGAACUACCUUUUUUAACCAUUACUCUUUAUUCUAUAGCUAUUUUAUCCACACCUAUCAACAGCAUAGAAGUUGAAAAAAUGGAAUAUUCUGAUUAUUAAUGUUGACCCUAUUUGUAGUAAGUAUGAUUGCUUCAGAUUCUGAGAAGAUAUCCUGCCUAUACCUGGUAGCCCUAUUUAAUUUAAUUUAAUUUAAAUAUAUAUAUGUAUCAUAUACAGGAAGAUGGAGGGCAUAGUGUCUUGGAGUGUGAGGAUUUUUCCCCAAUAGCUGCUUUAAAAAAAUAAAGAGUAAAACAUCCCAAAAUUGUAUCAAUGGUGACCAUGAAUAGAAACUCAUUGAAUUUUGUUGAUUUAUUAUAUCCAAACACCAAGAGCUAAAAAUACCUAAUUUAAAAAAAAUAUGCCAAUGAAUUAAAACAUAUGCUUGUCCACCAGUGUUCAAUACAGCAUUAUUCACAACAGCCAAAGGAUGGAAACAGCCCAAGUGUCCAUCAACACAUGAAUCAAUUUUUAAAAAU